ACGACCACGCACGGAGCGUAAGGUCCUAGGCUAUACGUGUCUUAAACAAACCAUCCCCUUGCAAGCUGAAACGGUCUCCUUUCCUUCCUUGGACGCGCGAUUUUGUCUUGGAUGAUCAAAGUAGUACUACCCUUCGAACCCCUGUUUCCAAGAAGGGAAUUGUGAGGACCCAGCCCAACCCACUCCUCGGUCAAACUUAUAUCAUCAGUUCAUCACCCACCCCCUAUAAAUACCACCCCGCUUCCAUCCCAAUCCCAUAUCCCCUCUUCUUCAUCACAUUCGCUCAUCAAGGAAAGCUCCAAGCCUUCGAAAUCCACUCCAGACUCCAGUGAAGUAGCUCCGCCACUGAAGUAAGCGAAUCCAACGCGACAGCAAACGACACCAGCAGCAGCACUACUGAUCAUGGCGGCUCUCCAGGCCCAGCGCCUCUUCUUGGCCCCGUCUUCUUCUUCUUGCACGACGCGGCCGCGGCAACAGGCUCGCUGCCGAGCCGCCGUGCGCGUGCCUGCCGGUCUCCACACGUCGCAGGACAACCUCAGCCUCAAGCUUGACUGGAUCGAGCCCGCGCGCGGCGUCCCUUCGGCGAGCGUCGACGGCGGGUCACCAUCGUCGGUGUCCGUCGAGAAGCUCCGGGCGAUCGCGGAGGCGGCGGCGGACCGCGCCGAGAUGCACGACAUCAUCGGCAGGCAGCGGGACAACUGGAACCACCUGCUGCUCCACUCCACCAACUCCCUCACGCUCGCCGCCUCCGCCAUGGCCGCGCUCGCGCCCGCCGCUCCGAACAUGGUCGCGCUCAAGGCCUCCGCGGGGGUGCUCUUGGCCACGGCCGCCGUCACCAUGGCCGCGGUCAACAAGAUCCAGCCCUCGCAGCUCGCCGAGGAGCAGCGCAACGCCACCAGGCUCUGGAGGGAGCUCGAGCGCGGCGUGCGCGCCCAGCUCGCGCACACGGUGGUCACCAAGGCCGAUGUCGAGGACGCCAUGGACCGGGUGCUCGCGCUGGACGCGGCGUACCCGCUGCCGCUGCUCCCCGGCAUGCUCGAGAAGUUCCCCAAGGCUGUCCAGCCCGCGCGCUGGUGGCCCAAGAAGAAGCCCGCCGUGCAGAAGUCCAGGAGCUUCGGCCCCCGCCGCGGCAGCGCGCCCUCAUCCGGCAACGGCUGGACGCAGGAGCUGGAGGAAGAGAUGCGCGGCAUCGUGCGGGUGAUCAAGGCCAAGGACGAGCAGGAGUUCCUGUCCGUGGGCAAGCUCGUGCUGGGCCUCAACAAGGGCCUGGCCCUUGCCGGCCCGGCGCUGGCAGGCACGGCGGCGCUCGCCACGCUCUUCAUCGGCUCCGGCGAGUCAUCGUGGGCGUCGGGCGCGGCCGUGCUCGGCGGCGCGCUGGCGGCGGCGGUGAACACGAUGGAGCACGGCGGGCAGCUGGGCAUGGUGUUCGAGCUGCUCCGCAACUGCGCCGGGUUCUACCGCAAGAUCCAGGAGGACAUCGAGGCGGCGCUGGCCGAGCCCGACGUGGAGCGGAGGGAGGGCGGCGAGGUGUUUGCUACCAAGAUUGCGCUCAAGCUCGGCAGGAGCGUGUCUGACCUCAAGCAGUUCGGGAAGAUGGCCUCGCCGUCCGUCAGGGAGGAGGACAUCAAGGAUUUUGCAGGGAAACUCUUCUAAGAGUUCUAAUUAACCCAACUCACUCAACCACUUCAGUAGUAGCUUAGCUGACAGAUGAAUUCAUCGUCAGAUCUGAGUAGGAAUUCCAUUGAUUUGUAGAGAUCACAACUGAAAUGACAAUUCUUUGAUUCAUUAUUUCAA